AUGGCGGAAAGUCCAGAUCUCUCAGCGGACGUUGAGGCGGGCAGUUCCAAACCCUCACAUCCUCCACGCGAGGAGAAUCCCCAACUUGACAAAGUCGCCGACACACGAGUGGAAACUGGCACUCUGCAGAGACGGCUCAAGUCGCGACAUAUCCAGUUUCUCGCUCUAUCUGGUGCGAUUGGCACGGGGUUGUUUGUGGGCACAGGCCAGGUUCUGUCCUUGGCCGGGCCAUUGUCCACAGUACUCGCCUACCUGAUCACCGGGUUCAAUCUCUACGCCGUGAUCAAUAGCAUGGGCGAAAUGGCUACCUGGCUUCCUCUACCUGGUGCUGUUCCGGUGUAUGCCUCUCGAUUUGUCGACGAGGCUCUUGGGUUUACUCUGGGCUGGAAUUAUUGGUAUCAAUUUGCCAUUGGAGUUCCGAUUGAGAUCAGUGCAGCCGCUCUUGUCAUUGAAUACUGGCCCAACAAUAUCUCCCCUGCGGUCUGGAUUACGGUGCUGUACCUGGCCAUCUUUCUCACCAACAGUCUUCCCGUGCGCGUGUACGGUGAACUGGAGUUUAUCCUCGGUUCGAUCAAGCUGAUCACGAUUAUCGGAUUGAUGAUACUCAUGUUUAUCAUCACCUCUGGAGGAGCUCCAACACAUGACCGCAUAGGAUUUCGCUACUGGCAGCAUCCCGGUCCCAUGAACCAGUACCUCGAAGACGGAUCUCUGGGACGCUUCUUGGCCUUUUGGAAGGUGUUCAUCCAAGCAACUUUCAGUUAUGGAGGAAGCGAGAUGGUUGUGACCACGGCAGGGGAGACUGAGAACCCUCGACGCAACAUCCCCAAGGCUGUACGCCGUGUCUUCUGGCGAAUCGCUAUUUUCUAUGUUGGCAGCGUGUUUCUAGUUGGGCUUUGCGUCUCAUCUAAAGAUCGCAGGCUUCUGAACGCAAUUGACGCAGGCGCUGCAGGCGUAGGAGCAAGCCCGUUUGUCAUCGCAAUAGAGAAUGGGGGUAUUCUCGUGUUGCCUUCCAUCAUCAAUGCAGUCGUUCUUACAUCGGCAUUGUCGGCCGGCAACUCCUUCUUCUAUGCAUCAACUCGAAUCCUAUACUCAACGGCAUUGGAUGGGAAGGCCCCUCGAUUGCUCCGAUUCGAGAAGUUCGGAGUCCCUUACGCUUGUGUGGCUGUCACAGCUGCCCUAAGUCUCCUGGUCUAUCUGAAUGUAUCCUCGAGCUCAGUCGAGGUAUUUUUCUGGAUCAGCAAUCUGAGCGCUGUUAGUACACUGGUAGUGUGGACUUCUAUUGCCAUCACCUACGUUCGCUUCUACAAGGGCCUGAAAUACCAUGGCAUCCCACGAUCCGCGCUUCCAUUCCAGUCUCCUUUCCAGCCUUACUUGGCUUAUUUUGCAAUUGUCUUCUCCUCAACCGUUGCAUUAUUCAAUGGAUUUGAUGCUUUCUUCCCAGGUCACUUUGCCGCGAAAACCUUCAUACCACCUUACAUCGACAUCCCUAUCUUCGCAUGCUUGUUCCUGGGAUACAAACUCAAAAACAAGACUAAAAUUGUCAAGAUAGAGGACAUGGACAUGGUAUCUGGGAAAGAAGAAGCUGACCAGCUAGAGUCUACAUGGGAAGAGCCCCAGCCUCGCAACUUUCUUGCGAAUCUGGUUUUGGAUUGCCUGAAGUGA